AGCGCCAGUGACCCUCUUCAGACGACUGCGGGAGAGCUGAAACCGUCUGAUAUCGCUGUUGCUUCCUGAAAUUUGAUUGUGAUGCAGACUUUCAUAUGGAGGAUUUGAAAUCCGAGGGCUGGAAACGGCUACUUAUCCCCCACUGUGCGGCCGGAACAAACAGCACGAAUCUCCUUCGCAGAUCCUCAUCAUGGAGGAGCCCCAAAGAGCCGGGUUAUUACGAGGGCCCUGUGGCGCAGGUAAAUAGGCCCUCUCGCGCAGCUCGUCCACAGAGCUGUAUUGAAGGUGGCACGGCGGAUAAAUGGCUUCAGACUCUGGAGAGGAUCCAGUCUCGUCCACUUCUGAGACAAAAAACACCUUUUGUGGACAAGACUGUUUCAAUGCCAGCUCUGCCGAAUGAGAUGACUGGAGGUAAUUCAGGUAGAAAGGGAACCCCCCACGUCUGUCCCAGUCUGGGUGAGAUCUCAGUGGGUAGUCUGGAGUUCCUGGAGACUAGAGGAAGGUCGGAGAGGAGCAAUACGGUACACGUUAAACCCAGUCCUAGUACAGAGAGAGCUCAAUUCUGUUCUCUCGCUCCGGUUCACUUCGGGUGGCUGCCCAUAGAAAGGCACGUGAUAUUGACGGACAUCUCUAACAACGGCUAUCGCCAUGACAACAGCGGGUAUCAGCAGAAGCUGAAGUCUCCUAUUACUCCAGUGUUGCUCAGCACUCCUGCCAAACUCAAGGGAUCAGGAACAAAUGGAAGAGAACCCGAGCAAAGUGUCAGACCUGACUCUGUAGGCUUCAGAUAUUGGAAGACACCUGUAAAGCCGUUAUACAGCCAUCAUCAGGCCUCUGGAUCCGUCAGCUCAGAGGGAGGUAGAAACGGAUCAGAGAUUUGGAAUCCAGCGGCCAAUUUCACCAGCACGUUCCGGUUUCCUGAAACCAGCGAGCCAGCUUCCAAACGGCCCACUCACCGGCGCGGAAGCGUGCCAGAGUCGCCGUCUAUCGGCUGUGCGCGUAAAUUCAGUUCUUCUAUAUCGUCCAUCACCAUCACAUCAAAGAAGGUCACACGUUCUUGCAGUCUUCCAGACACAAGUCGUCCAAUGGCGAUGAACGAUCGGCCCACCGUCUCUCCGGGUGGUCUCUCUACGCCCGUCCCGCCACACAGAAAAGCCCUGGUGGUUAAAGUCACUGAACAGAGGACGAGCAUCACAACUACCCCCAGGGCGAACGCUUUAGAACACAACACAGAUCACAAAGGUUACGAGCACCCCGUGGUACUGCGGAGAAAGGCGUCCAUUGUGAAAAUGGUCGAGCAGACGGAGCGUUUCAGAGGAGGACAGCCCGAUACGACAAAAACAGCACAAUACAGACAUAGUUAUACUGAAGGACUCAAUGAGACUGAUGCCAUCAAACACGUCUGUAGAUCUGGAGUCGAUACUAAGGUCAAUCCGGCGUUGUUAAACCAAUCUGUUUCUGUAUCUAUACAGCCGGGAAGAAACCAGUGGAGGUCUAGUGCGGUCCAUCACAGAUCUAGCGUGUCUCUUCCUCUUAACAACCCCAAUGACAGUCGUACAAUUGCAGAGAAGUACGAGACACCUCGAAGGCCUCUUAGCUGUGAUGCUGGCCUGUUUAACCACACAGUUCCAACAUUUCACAACAAGAGCCCUCCGUGUCCCCAGAAGACAAAUAUUCACCUUGUUAGUUCUCGUGAAGCGGAAGAGAACGGCGGAUUUGUCUCCAGCACGGGGAGUCUGGAUGGCCUCAUCCCAGAUCCUGUUUUAGGAAUCAAACCUCUGACUCUAUUAAAAGUUCCAGAUGAUUCGCCUCUUCCCACCGCACACGCUGUUCUAGCGCUGAACGCCGCCGCCGUUAUCGCAAACAUCAAGCUGCUAACCCGACACAAACAGAAACACAACACAACAACAGAAACACAAACAUCAUCACACGCAUCAGCUGCAGAUGAGGGAAUAAACAAUGGUGGCGGAGAGACCGGCGGCGAUGGACGAAACCAAACUCUGGUUUGCUUUGGAUCUGAAGAUGCUCCUUUAUCAUUGAGAGAGGCUUUAGUCCUUAGACGGCCUGAUUUCAUCCAGCGCUCACAGGCUAGAGUUCAGGCCAUGGAGAGGAGGUCGCAGGAGAGGCAGAAAACCUUCAGCUCACCUCACAGACCUGAGGCGACCUCCAGCCAACAUCAGGAAGAUAACCUUCUGAAAUCUAAAGACAGACGAGUCGGUGGAAAGGAUGCAAAUCUGAGGUCCAGGAGGAAUGACCUGCUUCCUGAAGUGAGAAAGAGGAGAGAGGAUGAAAGGAGGAAAAAAGAGGAAGAGAAAAAAAAACUGGCGUCUCGAACGAACAGGCUUCGUGUGAAGCUCUUUAAGUAGAAACUUUUGGACCAGGUUUUGCAGCGAGGAAAUAACUGACAUGGUCUUGGACUCGCUUCUUUUCUCACGCUGGACAUUAAAAUAUAUACCGUGACAAGGGUUAUAAAUGUUUCAUUUGUGUUUACUUAUAAUGAAUGUGCGAUAAACGUGAAUGUCAUUGCUAUGGUUUCUCUCUGUACGCAGAUAACUUAAUUCAUGGGUAACGAUUUGUCUUCAUAACUUCUAUUUUGGUCACAUUUAUCAGACUGUGUGGGAGGCCGAGGUUUGCUGUCACAAUCUUUACAGCUGCGAAUAUUAUAUGUUAUGUUUUUUAUUUUAAAGUUAAUUACUGUACAGAUACA